CCACCUGUCAUCUCACAUCCCAUCCCUCCUCUCCUCUUCCUAAACCACCCAGACCCACCUGUCAUCUCCCAUCCCAUCCCACCUCUCCUCUUCCUAAACCACCCAGACCCACCCAUCUCACAUCCCAUCCCACCUCUCCUCUUCCUAAACCACCCAGACCCACCUGUCAUCUCCCAUCCCAUCCCACCUCUCCUCUUCCUAAACCACCCAGACCCACCUGUCAUCUCCCAUCCCAUCCCACCUCUCCUCUUCCUAAACCACCCAGACCCACCUGUCAUCUCCCAUCCCAUCCCACCUCUCCUCUUCCUAAACCACCCAGACCCACCUGUCAUCUCCCAUCCCAUCCCACCUCUCCUCUUCCUAAACCACCCAGACCCACCUGUCAUCUCCCAUCCCAUCCCGCCUCUCCUCUUCCCUCCCAAUAUUACAUCCCCAAACCAAACACACACCAUUAUAUUAACUAGUAAACAUGUAGGAUUAGUGCUUAGGGACCAUGUUGUAGAGUUAGGGGGGUAGUUGGAUCCCUGUGGAAUCUCCCUGGUCUCUCCCAUGGGUGUCCCCUGCCAUGAAACAAACACAUUAUGCACCAGGAGCGGAUUGGGGAGCGGGUGAAAUAAUGUUAUAAUGUAAUAAAGCCACCCCCCAACACACUCGCCCCUCCUCCCAGAAGAGAGGUAUUAUUGAAAUGGGAGGCUGAGACGUCCCAUCUCACACAUAGUGUUAUACAUCACCACCGUUCACUACCACUAUCACUAAUCAUAUGUGUAUGGGCUGAUUAGCUCUCACAGGCUAAUCACAAAGGCUUCUUGAGCAUCCAAUCACAGCUGUUAUAGAUGGAGGAACAAACACAUGAUGACAUGUGGAUGGUGAUUUGUAUGGUGAUCCAGGGUUUAGUGGCUGAGUGCCACAUCUCUCUUCAUUGGGGAUUGUUAUGUAUUCAGAAUGCACUUGGCAGAAUCAGAAUGCACUCAUUGAGGAUGUGAUGAAUAAUUCUGCUCUCUCUCUCUCUCUCUCUCUCUCUCUCUCUCUCUCUCUCUCUCUCUCUUCUCUCUCUCUAUGUCUCUCUCUCACCCUCUCACUCUCUCUAUAUAUAUAUAUCUCUCUCUCUUUCCCUCCUCUUUCUCUAUCUCUCGCUCUCACUCUCUCUCUCUCUCUCUCUAUCUCCCCCUUUCUCUCUCUCUCCCUCUACCUCUUUCCCUCCUCUCUCUCUUCUCUCUCUUCUCUAUCUCUCUGUCUCUCUGCAGGUGCCUGAUAACUCUGUGAUGGCCCUGGUCCCCAAGCAGGUUACGGCCUACAACUCGGUCAACAACUCCACUGUGUCCAGAACCUCGGCCAGUAAAUACGGUAUGGAUAACGUGACAAUAUGUGGUUUUUUUGUGUAUCUUUGCAUGUGUGUGAGUGUGUGUGUGUGAGAGAAAGAGAGAGAGAGAGAGAGAGAGAGAGGAGCACAUUUCCGGCACAUUUCCAGAUUUCUCUCCUGGAUAGGAUGCGUCCUCCUGGAACUAAAACAAUUAUGCCACCCCCCCCUCCAUCUCCCAGCAGUCUGUGUGCCUGAGAGUUAAACAGGAAGAACCAUGUCCUCAUCAGAGUGGGAUUCAUAGUCUGAGUCAGCGUGCGCACACACACACACACACAUACACACACACUCUUUCUCUCUCUGUCUCUCUCUCUCUCUUUGUAACUCUCUCACACAUGCACACAUAAACACGCACACACACACACACGCACACACACACUCACAUACACACAUCAGCACACACACAGACGUUCACACCUACACACACACUGUGUAUUCCCUGUUGCGGAUGCACAAGGUCCAUUGCCAGGAUUUUAAUUAAAAAACGUGGCUAAACAGCACCUUCUCCCUCUAAACCUUCACCACAGAAACCAACACUGACUUCUUCUGCACACACUGUUCAUCCCUCAAACUAACAGAGCUCCAUAUGUCACUAACAGAUGUAAAGGCUCUGUUAACAAUACCUGAACCCAUAGUAAAGUCUUCCAUACAUUAGCCACCAUUAACAACACCUGAACCCAUAGUAAAUUCUUCCAUACAUUAUCCACUAUUAACAACACCUGAACCCAUAGUAAAGUCUUCCAUACAUUAGCCACUAUUAACAACACCUGAACCCAUAGUAAAUUCUUCCAUACAUUAGCCACUAUUAACAACACCUGAACCCAUAGUAAAGUCUUCCAUACAUUAGCCAGUAUGUGCUGUUAGACCAUAGUAGGAGAAGAGGGCCAGAACUGAGCCCAGGAGACAGGAUAACAAGAUUAGAGCAGGGAAUUUAACAGACCAACAAAGACAGAGCGAAGAGAGUGAAGAGAAGAAAGAGUGUGUUUGCACUUUACUCCCCUCUGGGACUGGAGAAAGAAACUGUGUCCCAAAUGGCACCCUACUCCCUAUAUCGUGCACUACUUUGAACCAGAGCCCCAUAGGGAAUGUUGUGAACUACAUAGGGAAUAGGGUGCCAUUUGGGAUGCAGCCAGACAGCGUCCCAUCUAGCAAUGACUGUGUUGGUCUGGCCCUGUGUUCUCUUGAACCCGAGAAGAAGCCAUCAAAUCAAACCCAGAUCAAAGGCGGCGCCGCCCGGCCUCAAACACUCCAGACACAUCAAAUGACGGCUUUAUUAGCCAGCUAGCACCUCAUCUCCAUACCUCAUCUCCCUGCCUCUGUUCCUCGACUCAAAUUAGACGGAAGAAAAAGGAGGGUGAGUGUGAAAGAAAAAGAGAGGGAACAGGAUGGAGAUAGAGAGAUAGAGAUGGAGGCAGACAGAAUCUCUUCACUUAGUUGGGGAAUUGACUUCAAACGAUGCCAGAUCCACUUGAGACAAGAGGGGGGGGGGGGGGGGGGGGGGGGGGGGGGGGGGGUUGACUUUGAACUGGACUGAUCACAAUGGAGAAGCACUGAGGAGAGGAAAGACUGAUUGUAAUGGAGCCAAAGGAGAGAGGGAGAGGGAGGGAGAACGUUAGUGAGGAAGGUGGAGAGAGUAAGAAAUAAGGAGGGAUGAUGAAGAAGAGGGAUGGAAGGAGAAGGAAGAAAGUGAUUGAGUGAGAUGAAGCGAGGAGGAGAGAGAGAGAGAGAGAGAGUGAGAGAGAGCCAGCUUCCUUUCUUAAUCAAAACUCCUGUGUGAUAUGUCAGCAUGGUAGUAUUUCAGUAAGGACUGUGUGUGUGUGUGGAGCGCUCCUUCUAGGGACCACUUCCACUCCACCGAACAUGUCAUCCGGCCCUAUUACACCAGCCCACUCAAUAACACUCUGGAAGACGACCACCACUUUCUUUAUCACACACACACACUCCCAUCAUUCCAAGUGGCCAGUCAGUCAAGUUCCAGGAGUCAGUAUGCACACACACACUAUAGCUGCUUUCUCUCUCUAGUACUUUACCUCCCUCUCCUCUCUUCCUCUCUCCCUCCAUCAUUCACUCUUCCUGCGUUUCUCUCUGGAAGGACAGAUUGAUUUCUGCAGCGUCUGCCUUGGCAAAAACACACUUUAUUUCACCUGUCCUCUCCCUCGACCAGCAGGCCUACUGAUCAAUUCUUUAUUUCACCGUCCUCUCCCUCGACCAGCAGGCCUACUGAUAAAUUCUUUAUUUCACCGUCCUCUCCCUCGACCAGCAGGCCUACUGAUCAAUUCUUUAUUUCACCGUCCUCUCCCUCGACCAGCAGGCCUACUGAUCAAUUCUUUAUUCACCCGUCCUCUCCCUCGACCAGCAGGCCUACUGAUCAAUUCUUAUUUCACCGUCCUCUCCCUCGACCAGCAGGCCUACUGAUCAAUUAUUCACGCUGUGUAAACAUUCAUCGAGCUGGCGUGUUUUUAAAUGUCAUCGCCACUCUCGUCAAAUGGGGUGGGCACAUGAAUAUUUAAUCUCGCCAUACACCUGUUUGAUUUUGUGUCCGCGAGUUGUGCCAAGGCGUAUUCUACCUCCCGAGAGAAAAAGAUGCCAUGAAAAAUUAACCAUGCGCAAGCUGUUGUAAAAGUUUCAAUGUCCAAUCUCAAGGCUCGGUAGCUUGAAGCUUCCAACUGAAACCAGACAAACUAUUGGAGCUUCGACCGAAUUUGGCUUAUUUGACUUCAUAUCCUUUAGAAUAACUGUGUAGUAUGCUUAGAAUAACUAUGUAGUAUCCUUUAGAAUAACUAUGUAGUAUCCUGUAGAAUAACAAUGUAGUAUCCUUUAGAAAAACUGUGUAGUAUCCUUUAGAAUAACUAUGUAGUAUGGCUUGACCCCCUGUGUUUUGUUUUGUCUGUCUUUGGUUUAUGUUGCGUCUGUCUUUAAUGUGUGUUUUGUCUAUGUUAUCAUCUCUCACCCUUUUCACUUGAUCGUGGCGACCUGAACAGUACUGUGCUGGCUCAGAUGUUUUCUUUUCACAUCCCCUCUGUUAGGUGUGUUAUCUCUAUAUAUACUCUGCACCAUAUCCACUCUGUUAGGUGUGUUAUCUCUAUAUAUACUCUACACCAUAUCCCCUCUGUUAGGUGUGUUAUCUCUAUAUAUACUCUACACCAUAUCCCCUCUGUUAGGUGUGUUAUCUCUAUAUAUACUCUACACCAUAUCCCCUCUGUUAGGUGUUGUUAUCUCUAUAUAUACUCUACACCAUAUCCCCUCUGUUAGGUGUGUAUCUCUAUUUAUACUCCACACCAUAUCCCCUCUGUUAGGUGUGUUAUCUCUAUUAUACUCCACCAUAUCCCCUCUGUUAGGUGUGUUAUCUCUAUUUAUACUCCACACCAUAUCCCCUCUGUUAGGUGUGUUAUCUCUAUUUAUACUCCACACCAUAUCCCCUCUGUUAGGUGUGUUAUCUCUAUUUAUACUCCACACCAUAUCCCCUCUGUUAGGUGUGUUAUCUCUAUUUAUACUCCACACCAUAUCCCCUCUGUUAGGUGUGUUAUCUCUAUUUAUACUCCACACCAUAUCCCCUCUGUUAGGUGUGUUAUCUCUAUUUAUACUCCACACCAUAUCCCCUCUGUUAGGUGUGUUAUCUCUAGAUAUACUCCACACCAUAUCCCCUCUGUUAGGUGUGUUAUCUCUAGAUAUACUCCACACCAUAUCCCCUCUGUUAGGUGUGUUAUCUCUAGAUAUACUCCACACCAUAUCCCCUUGUUAGGUGUGUUAUCUCUAGAUAUACUCCACACCAUAUCCCCUCUGUUAGGUGUGUUAUCUCUAGAUAUACUCCACACCAUAUCCCCUCUGUUAGGUGUGUUAUCUCUAGAUAUACUCCACACCAUAUCCCCUCUGUUAGGUGUGUUAUCUCUAGAUAUACUCCACACCAUAUACCCUCUGUUAGGUUGUUAUCUCUAGAUAUACUCCACACCAUAUCCCCUCUGUUAGGUGUGUUAUCUCUAGAUAUACUCUACACCAUAUCCCCUCUGUUAGGUGUGUUAUCUCUAUAUAUACUCCAUACCAUAUCCCCUCUGUUAGGUGUGUUAUCUCUAUAUAUACUCUACACCAUAUCCCCUCUGUUAGGUGUGUUAUCUCUAGAUAUACUCCACACCAUAUCCCCUCUGUUAGGUGUGUUAUCUCUAGAUAUACUCCACACCAUAUCCCCUCUGUUAGGUGUGUUAUCUCUAGAUAUACUCCACACCAUAUCCCCUCUGUUAGGUGUGUUAUCUCUAGAUAUACUCUACACCAUAUCCCCUCUGUUAGGUGUGUUAUCUCUAGAUAUACUCCACACCAUAGCCACGGGAAGUAGGGGUGCUGAGGGUGCUGUAGCACCCCCUAAAAAAAUCAGAUUUUUAAAAAUUGUAUUAAUAAUAAAAAAAUAUUAAAAAGUCCUGUAUUAGCAGGUCCAAAAAUAAAUUACCCCCCCAUUGGCGAAAUCAAAAACACAGCCCCACCACUCCCAAACAUCUUCCCGCGGCUACACUGUCUAUAUUAUGUCUGUGCUGAUCAUGUUAUAUCUUCAUGGUCUGUGCUACAGUAUAUGUCAAUGUUAUUGGUUUCGGCUUCAUCUCUGUGUCAUAUCCUGAUGUUAUUCUUUACGUUCCACAGAGAACAUGAUCAAGUACACAGGGAGCCCCGACAGCCUGCGCUCGCGCACGCCCAUGAUCACGCCCGACCUGGAGAGCGGGGUAAAGGUGUGGCACCUGGUCAAGAACCACGAGCACGGGGACCAGAAGGAGGGAGACCGUGGCUCCAAGAUGGUCUCUGAGAUAUACCUGACCAGGCUGCUGGCCACCAAGGUGAGUUAUCUCACACACACCACACACACACACACACACACACACACACACACACACACACACACACACACACACACACACACACCUAGACUAAAGUAAGUUAUUUCAGGUGAAGAAUAUUAUUGAAAUAUAGUAUUAUUCCUCAUCCCCUGUAGGCUCUGAGUGAAAAUAUGCAGAUGGGUAUUGUGUCUUUCAAACCUCAGCAGCAUAUCUAAUGUUAUACAACGGCUCUAAUCCUGAAUGCUGAUUGGUUAAAACCACAUUCUAGCAGGUGUCUAUUCCACAAGUUACCUAAUGAUAGAGGUGGCACACAAAGGUAAAACCUGUAAACGAGGAAAGGCUUUUUCUGUAGACAGAGAUGUUAUCUGGUGAAAAACAGAAAUGGAAAUAGCCAUAAAAUGAGUCUCUUUGAGCAUGCUUGGGCGCUGUGGCCCCUCAGAAAAUCAGUUAAUUUGGUUUGGAGGGAAUCGGGACUUUGAUCCCACUGCUCAAUGGGAAUUACCAAUCCACUCGCUAAUGAUGUGCCUCCUUUACAUCACACAUGCUUUCUUAGAGAGAGAGAGAGAGAGAGAGAGAGAGAAUUCAGACAGACAACACUCCGCCUGGUUCCGUUUUGUGGUUCUAUAAUGGGACUGCUUAGUUGCAGGAUUCACAUGCAUGCACACACACACUCAUCAACAGAGUUGUUGGCAGAGAUGGCUGAGGAGGCAACAGGGAUAUGGAGAGAGAGUGUCGUCUGUCAUUUCUCUGGCGUGUGCUGUGAUUGCCAGCGAGCAGUCACUGUGGAGCUGUGGAAUUAAUAUGGCAAUGCUCUCUCUGUGAAGCACAUGUACCAGACCCACAGUCUAACACUCUUAGACAGACAAAAACACUCAGUCAAUCAUUCACAUAGACAGACACAUACACUGCAUUCGGAAAGUAUUCAGACCCUUCCCUUUUUCCACAUUUUUGUUACAUUACAGCCUUAUUCUAAAAUGGAUUUAAUAUAUAAUUUUUUCUCAUCAAUCUACACACAAUACCCCAUAAUGACAAAGCGAACACAGAUUUGUAGAAAUGUUAGCAAAUGUAUUACAAAUAAAAACCUUAUUUGCAUAAGUGAGACUCGAAAUUGAGAUGUUUCUACAACUUGAUUGGAGUCCACCUGUGGUAAAUUCAAUUGAUUGGACAUGAGGCACACACCUGUUUAUAUAAUGUCCCACAUUUGACGGUGAAUGUCAAGGCAAAAACCAAGCCAUGAGGUCGAAGGAAUUGUCCGUAGAGCUCUGAGACAGGAUUGUGUCAACGCACAGAUCUGGGGAUGGUUACCAAAAAAUGUCUGCAGCAUUGAAGGACACCAAGAACAUAGUGUCCUCAAUCAUUCAUAAAUGGAAGAAGUUUGGAACCACCAAGACUCUUCCUAGAGCUGGCCGCCCGGCCAAACUGAGCAAUCAGGGGAGAAGGGCCUUGGUCAGGGAGGUGACCAAGAACCCGAUGGUCACUCUGACAGAGCUCCAGAGUUCCUCUGUGGUCCUUCCAGAGGACAACCAUCUCUGCAGCACUCCACCAAUCAGGCCUUUAUAGUAGAGUGGCCAGACGGAAGCCACUCCUCAGUAAAAGGCACAUGACAGCCAAACUUGGAGUUUGCCAAAAGGCACCUAAAGGACUCUCAGACCAAGAGAAACAAGAUUAUCUGGUCUGAUGAAACCAAGAUUGAACUCUUUGGCCUGAAUGCCAAGUGUCAAGUCUGGAAGAAACCUGGCACCAUCCCUACGGUGAAGCAUAGUGGUGGCCGCAUCAUGCUGUGGGGAUGUUUUUCAGCAGCAGUGACUGGGAGACUAUUCAGGAUCGAGGGGAAAGAUGAAUGGAGCAAAGUACAUAGGGAUCCUUGAUGAAAACCUGCUUCAGAGUGCUCAGGACCUCAGACUGGGGGCGAAGGUUCACCUGCCAACAGGACAACGACCCUAAGCACACAGCCAAGACAACGCAGGAGUGGCUUCGGGACAAGUCUCUGAAUGUCCUUGAGUGGCCCAGCCAGAGCCCGGACUUGAACCCGAUCUAACAUCUCUGGAGAGAUCUGAAAAUAGCUGUGCAGCAACGCUCCCCAUCCAACCUGACAGAGCUUGAGAGGAUAUGCAGAGAAGAAUGGGAGAAACUCCCCAAAUACAGGUGUGCCAAGCUUGUAGCGUCAUACCCAAGAAGUAAGUAAAUGAGUAAAGGGUCUGAAUAUUUAUGUAAAUGUGAUAUUUCAGUAUUUUUUUCUUCUUCUUUUUUCCGCAAAUUUCUAAAAACCUGUUUUAGCUUUCUCAUUAUGGGGUAUAGUGUGUAGAUUGAUGGGGGAAAAAAACAAUUUGAUCAAUUUUAGAAUAAGGCUGUAACGUAACAAAAUGUGGAAAAAGUCAAGGGGUCUGAAUACUUUCCGAAGGCACUCACAAAAAGUGUGUUUGACAAACACACAAACUGACACACACCCACACAACACACAUGCCUCCCCCCCCCCCCACACACACACACACACAAACUGACACACACACCCACAUAACACACACACACACACACAUAACACACACACACACACUGAGCAAUGCUCUAUCUCCCUGUGAUUACCCUGGUCAGGGGGGAAUGCGAUGCAGAGACGGCGUGUCAUCUUUACAGAUGGAGUGUUUUUGUGGAGUAACCGGUUUAUCUUGGGGACCAUCUCUCUUGGUGAGGGAUGACUGGGCCGACAGCACUGUAAUUGACUGCGUUUGACUUUUACCUCGCCAAUAAAUACCGUUGGUCGGCCCGGCGCUGACAUCCCCCAUUUUAGGUCCAUCAGUGUCACUCUGAUGGGGGGGGCAAAGGGCUUGUUUCUUGAUUGUAUCCUUCUAUUCCUCCUUUCCUCCUCUCUCUCUCUUUCUCCUUCUCUCUCUCUGUUUGUGACGACAUCAGCACCCCUUCAAUCACUCAGUCUUUGCUGUUUUGUUUUCUUUCCACUCAUCCUAAAUGAUAGGGUAGAUCUGAUGCAGGCAUCACUGUCUGUCUGUCCUCUUCCUAAAUGACAGGGUAGAUCUGAUGCAGGCAUCACUGUCUGUCUGUCCUCUUCCUAAAUGACAGGGUAGAUCUGAUGCAGGCAGCACUGUCUGUCUGUCCUCUUCCUAAAUGACAGGGUAGAUCUGAUGCAGGCAUCACUGUCUGUCUGUCCUCUUCCUAAAUGAUAGGGUAGAUCUGAUGCAGGCAGCACUGUCUGUCUGUCCUCUUCCUAAAUGACAGGGUAGAUCUGAUGCAGGCAUCACUGUCUGUCUGUCCUCUUCCUAAAUGACAGGGUAGAUCUGAUGCAGGCAUCACUGUCUGUCUGUCCUCUUCCUAAAUGACAGGGUAGAUCUGAUGCAGGCAGCACUGUCUGUCUGUCCUCUUCCUAAAUGACAGGGUAGAUCUGAUGCAGGCAGCACUGUCUGUCUGUCCUCUUCCUAAAUGACAGGGUAGAUCUGAUGCGGGCAUCACUGUCUGUCUGUCCUCUUCCUAAAUGACAGGGUAGAUCUGAUGCAGGCAGCACUGUCUGUCUGUCCUCUUCCUAAAUGACAGGGUAGAUCUGAUGCAGGCAUCACUGUCUGUCUGUCCUCUUCCUAAAUGACAGGGUAGAUCUGAUGCAGGCAUCACUGUCUGUCUGUCCUCUUCCUAAAUGACAGGGUAGAUCUGAUGCAGGCAUCACUGUCUGUCUGUCCUCUUCCUAAAUGACAGGGUAGAUCUGAUGCAGGCAUCACUGUCUGUCUGUCCUCUUCCUAAAUGACAGGGUAGAUCUGAUGCAGGCAUCACUGUCUGUCUGUCCUCUUCCUAAAUGACAGGGUAGAUCUGAUGCAGGCAUCACUGUCUGUCUGUCCUCUUCCUAAAUGACAGGGUAGAUCUGAUGCAGGCAGCACUGUCUGUCUGUCCUCUUCCUAAAUGACAGGGUAGAUCUGAUGCAGGCAGCACUGUCUGUCUGUCCUCUUCCUAAAUGACAGGGUAGAUCUGAUGCAGGCAGCACUGUAUCUUUUAGGCUAGACUCUAGAUUACACAUUUUCUUUAAAGUGCAGUGAAAUGAUGGGCUAGGGUUCAGUGUCUGUGUCUGUGUGUGUGUGUGUGUGUGUGUGUGUGUGUGUGUGUGUGUGUGUGUGUGUGUGUGUGUGUGUGUGUGUGUGUGUGCGUGUUUUCAGUGGACUGUAAUGGCAGCUUGUGCUCUCAGGGGACAGAUGAAGGACUAUCAUGAUGAGGUUGUCUGUCUGUGGGAUUCCUUAUGCACACACAUAUAUAACACACAAACACAUAUUACACAAACACACACUCUACAUGUAUAACAGCUUCCCUGCCACUAAACUGUCCCCACGAUGACACGGGGUUUGAGGAAGAAAUGUAUCUUUUCAUCUUCAUAGGCAAAUGAUAAGCUGUCAGAAAUGUGGGACACGGUAGAAUCACGGCUGUGAUUGUCAGCUAACUGGAUUCUCCUCUCCUCUCUUCUCUCUGACUCAGUCACCGCUCCAGCCAAAAUGGGAUUUUUAUUUGCCGCUCAUGCACACCUCUUCUGACACGCUGCGCGCUUGUGGCUCUUUCCAGAUAGGGUUUCCUCACUGUCACGUCUAUUCAUUCUGUCCUCUCUUCUCUUCUCCCUCUCUCAUUCUGUCAGCUCAUUCGUUACAAGUGGAUUAGAUUCUCUCUUUCUAUCUAUCUCGUUUUCUCUCUCUCUCUUCUCUCCUCCUUAAAGUCGAGAACAUUAAAUCAAAUUAGGGUCAAUGGUGCAGUGUGUGAGCUAAUCCCUCCACACAAAGAGGCUUAGGAGAUGCGCCUCCUGUUCCCAGAUAUUAUUAAAAGUGAACUGUGAAAAAACAAUUUCCCAUCAAAGCCCAGAGAUUUAGGACCAGAGAGAGAUGGAGAGAGAGAUGUAGAGAGAAAGAUGGAGAGAGAAAACACAUCAGGAAACACCAUCAGAUACACAGGAUAAAACACACUCUCAGUCAGACACACACACCACAGGAGGCUGGUGAGGGGAGGAUGGCUCAUAAUAAUGGAUGGAAUGUAGUGAAUGGAAUGGUAUCAAACACAUGGAAACCAUGGAAACCAUGUGUUUGAUGUGUCGGUAACACUUUACUUGACACCCAGUGUCAGAACACUAGGUUACACCACAGUCUUUUAAUAUAUAUAUAUUUUUUUACAAUAUUCAAUUAUCAUUGUAAUUGCGCACACAUUGAUGUCAGACAUGCACCUGCCCCAAUGCUCUGUUGCUGAUGACAGAGAUUAAUCGAGGGGCAGAUUUCAGGAGCAAGACACCCUCUUUUUGACUGAUGACUGAUAUAAGGGCAUGUACGUGAUAGGCCUAUCUGGCAUUAUGAUGGUCAUUAUGAUUGUCAUUAUGUAUUUUCUUAGUCCAAGUAAAGUGACACAGGAUGGUCACAAUGCUUAUUUAAUUAUUUGAAAAAAGUUAUUUAAGUUAUUUAAAAUAUGAUGAAAAAAUGAUGAUAAUUCAUUACAAUAACAAAGGAUUUAAGAAACAAACGGAAGGAAACUUCUUGGCAGGGAAAAAACUAAUUUGAAUAAAUGUGGGUUUUGACACUCUUAUACGGGUGUCAAAACCAGCCAUAAAAUAACACAAUAUAUGUCACAACAGGUGUAAAUAUAUUGGUCAUGACAGUGUUAUGACCAUAUUAUGACAAGUUAUGUCAACUGUUAUGACAUGUUAUGACAUGGUUAUUACUGUGUCAUAACGUGUUAUGACACUGGGUGUCAAGUAAAGUGUUACCGAUGUGUUUGAUACCAUUCCGUUCCAGCUAUUACUAUGAGCCAGUCCUCACCAAUUAAGGUGCCACCUGUGACACACAUACACCAGUUGCAUUUAAUGAAGUGAAACGUACACCUUAGACACUAGAUGUAGAUUGUAGAAGAUCUGCCUUUAGAAGAUGCUAUGCUUCUGAUACCUGAGAUGGACUAAUACAACACUGUAGGAGAAAUGGACAAGACACUCACUUAGGCUAGGAUCUGGGCUUUAGCUCGACGGGCUAAGUGCCUCAUCUCAGUGAAACAGGACCGGGCUCCUUGUUGGUCAGUGGUUUUGCACACACCUGUCACCAUUCUCUCUGUCUGUCUGUGUGUGUGUUGUCUGUCGCUCACUGCUGAUAUCUCUCUCUGCUUCCACAGGGCACUUUACAGAAGUUUGUGGAUGACCUGUUUGAGACCAUCUUCAGCACGGCCCACCGAGGCAGUGCCCUGCCCCUGGCCAUCAAGUACAUGUUUGACUUCCUGGACGAGCAGGCUGACAAGCACAGCAUCCAUGACCCGCAUGUCAGACACACAUGGAAAAGCAACUGGUGAGACACUGGAGACAUCUUGCCUUUCCUGUUAUUUUACUGUGUACUUAAACAGGUUAACAUUGGAAGUGUACGGCAACCUCCCCAUACACACACACACACACACACACACAUACAGUAGGUAGAAACACAGACACAUGCACACUCUCGUAUACACACACACACACACACACACACACACACACACACACACACACACACGGAAGUAUAUCAGAGAGAAGAUGGCACUGCCCUAAAUCUGUCUCCCCCCUCCACCACCACCUCCAUGCCUACCCAUGAACCAUGGUGUGUGUGUACAAUCUUCAUUAAAUCCAAUGACGGAGAGCUAAUCCCACUGGCAGCCAAUCAGGGUAGCUGGCUCUGACAUUACCAUGGUUACCGACCGGGACCGAGCCGCCCGUAGUCGCCAGGGCGAGGAAACCAGGGGAGGCUAGGUGAAGGAAGUGGACUCCAAAUGAAUAUCCUCUGAUUCAUUUAGACCCGUGUCCCCUCCUGAAGGGGUGUCAGGGUUAAAUAACCUGGAGUGGAUUAGAAUGAGGAAGAGAGGAGGGGGUGGAGGAGAAGAGGAAAUGGACUCAGUGGGAGUUAAACACCACGCUAAUAACUAAUUAGCCCCUGGCCUUCGCCAAGGUCCCAUCAAUUCCCUCAGCUCUGGCCCGAAGGACCAUGGGGCUGGGAAUUGGUGUGUGGGGCAGUCGGCCGGAGGAGAGUGGAGAGAGAGGGGGAAGGAGAGACUAUUUACUUUAUGGUCAUAAUUUUUAUCCUUCCCAGCUUCUGCGUUAUUGCAACAUUUAGACAUUAAUGGAAUCACUCUUGCAAGAGGGGGAACGUUAAACAGUCAUUUAUCAUAACACACCGGCAACACUUACACAACGCUUAGUGCCUGGUGCUGAUUCCACUGUCAGGGAGUUCCAGGUCCUCUCUCUGCAUGGGUUGCUUUCUGCUUGUUUGUUUGUGAGAGUGUGUGUGCAUGUGAGUAAGUGUGUGUGUGUGUGACAGUCUGUCUGUCUGUGUGUGCAUGUGUUUCCACCCCUGAGUGUUGUUAAAGACUGCAUUCUGCUAGAACAAAAAGCUGAUCCAUUCAGAGUGAUACUACAACAGGUCCAGUCGUCAUCCACAACCCAUUAACAACACCCUGCCCACUCAGAGCACCAUUUCCCCUGUCCUACACCAAGCAGUGGUGGCCUAUCCUUCAAACCAGAUUAUUAACUACCUCCAGCCAGCUCAGAGCACCAUGUCCCCUGGCCUACACUGAGCAGUGGUGGCCUAUCCUUCAAACCAGAUUAUUAACUACCCCCAGCCAGCUCAGAGCACCAUGUCCCCUGGCCUACACCAAGCAGUGGUGGCCUAUCCUUCAAACCAGAUUAUUCUCUGCCCUGUGUAUUUCUCCAGCAGCAGAGAUAGAAUGAAAUAAUCCAACCUAACCUGAGAUUGAAACUGAGAGACACACAGCUGUGUGUGGUUUCCAAGAAACAAUCAUGUCAUUGUCAUGUCUCUGGAUGAGAGCAGUCUAUGAGCUUAAAGUCUAGACCUUUUUCUGUACAGGAGUUAUUCAUAGAUAUGUAGACCAUGUUAAUAGACUGAAUGAAUGUGAGGCGUGGGUAUAAUAGUUCAUCAUUAAGACAGUUUUUAUUUGUUUAGGGGUUGAUAAUAGACUAUUUUCCUGUCAGCCAUAGUUUUUUAUUCCCAGAAGCAGGCUGGCACAGGAAGAGCCUCUGACAGACAGAUCUUUCAUCAUCACUCAGUCCAGUGCAUGGUUGACUGUAUAAUCAUCCACCAUGGUUGACUGUGUAAUCAUCCGCCAUGGUUGACUGUGUAAUCAUCCACCCUGGUUGACUGUGUAAUCAUCUACCAUGGUUGACUGUGUAAUAAUCCACCAUGGUUGGCUGUGUAAUCCUCCACUGUGGUUGACGGUAUGAUCGUCCACCAUGGUUGGCUGUGUAAUCAUUCACCAUGGUUGGCUGUGUAAUCAUCCACCAUGGUUGGCGGUGUCAUCAUCCACCCUGGUUGACUGUGUAAUCAUCCGCCGGCAGAGGAGGCUGGUGGGAAGCGCAUCUGUUUUUAUACCUGUGCGAGUGCAUGCCUUUCUGCAUCACUUUGUCUGUGUGUGUGUUGUGUUUGUGUGUUUGAGUCACAGACUCCUAGAGCUCCUCCAGAUGGUAUCUUUUGGAUUAGCAGUCAGUGUGUCGACAUCUCCCUCUCCUCCUCUUUCUUCAGUGUGUGUGUGUGUGUGUGUCCCUUCAGCUAGCAGCGUUUUAAUUAGCAGCUUCUAGAGCAGACUGGCACACACAUGCCCACACUACACAGCACACACAACUCAUCUGUGUCCUUAAUCACAUAAAACCACCACACUCUCCCAACGACAGCAGCAGGCAGGCAGGAAGACACAUCCCUCUGAAGUUUGACAACAGUCUGGAGAUAUUACAGUGAUAUUACAGUCACUAAAUCACAUUCUUCAUAUAGAGAUUAGAUUCUAUUUCUACCCAGGCUACAGUAUGAGUAACAGUAUUUUCUGUAAUGAUCCAAGAUUAUACUGUUUGUUGUUUGAUUUGAUUUGUGGGUAGUGGGUCAAUAUUAAUCCAUCCUCGUUCUGUGGAAACCCAGGGAUUAAUCCUGCUGAUGUUAGCUAGGCCAACACUCACUAGCCGUGACAAUGACAAUAAUAAUAAUACAUUUUAUUUUAAGUGCUUUUCAAGAUGCCCAAAGUCACUUUAAGGCAAUUCCAUGGUAAUGGAACCACACAGAGACUGAUCCUUCACCGCAAAAUGCAUUCCAAACAAAAACCAAUGACCUCAAAGUUCAACAAACCAUGACCUCUCCGAACAACUUACACUGCCCAAAAAUUUUUACAAUAACAUUUACUGAAAAAACCAUAGGAGUUAGCAAGACCACACAAACAGAUCUGGGACCAGGCUAAACACUCACUAGCCUGGACACUACACUGUAGCGUAAUGCCUCAGUGCUGUACACUCUCACCUUCCCUUAGUGGAAGUGUUGUUGAUGUCUGACUGACAGUUUACAGAUCACAGAGCCACAUUAAGUAUCUGUGAAGACUUUAGCUUCAUCUCUGGAAAGAAAAAAGCAGUAACAACUACAUUCAAGCAUCUGUAAAAUAUGUCAGAAGAUGUCAAUUCAAAGGAGACAAUUGCUCCCUAUAUAUCCCAAUGUGUUUGGACUCAUUGGAUAUAUUUUAGCAAGGCUAUGUUAUUUCAGACCCCACAGACAACAAUCAAUGUAGAGGAUGCACAAUGAUCAAUGGCCUUGCAAUAUAACCAAAUACCACUUAGGCAGAGCUCAGGUCAUCACUCAUACCCAUGCUUGUCUACCCUGGGCUUCGAUCCUGGUAUGAAUAACAUACUUUACAUACAGUUCGGGGAAAAGUUAGCUUGUAAGGAGGUAUUGGCAGAACAAUUGCCACAAUGCAAACACAUUUCUCUAUCGUCUCCUAGCGAUAGUUUGUCACAUAAACCUGUAUUGUGUCACAUUCACUGAACUCUAAAUAUCAUUAUGGACAUGGUCCAGAGACGGAACGUGUGAAGAGACUCUUUAAAUCUGACCUUUCGCCUCGGAAACCAUCUAGACCUUAACCUAGCAUUGGCCAGCUGUGCCAGAUUGACGACAAUCAAGACUUGCAUCGCGGCGGUGUUAAUAUCCUUUUGAUCCGUCCGCUAAUCCCAGAAGAUUCGUCCAGAUUAAUUCAGAGUCAUAAAGGUUUCCCUCGCCAAAUCCUCUUUUGUUAGGUCGUACAGCUGAAUGAUUGUAAAGCAGGUUGGGGGUAGGACAAAUGUCAGAGGAGAGAGAGAGAGAGAGAGAGAGAGCGAGAUAUAGAUCUAGCGAUAGAGAGGCGAUCUAGAGAGAGAUCUGAGAGCGAGCGCUCUCUCUCUAUCUCGCUAUCUUAUCCUCCUCUCUCUUCUCUCUCUCUCUCUCCUCUCUCUCUCUCUCUCUCUCUCUCGCUCUCUAUCUCUCUCUCUCUCUCUCUCUCUCUCUCUCUCUCUCCUUCUCUCUCUCUCUCUCUCUCUCUCUCUCUCUCUCUCUCUCUCUCUCUCUUCUCUCUCUCUCUUUCUCUCUCCUCCUCUCUCCUCUCUCUCCUCUCCUCCCCCUCUCCCUCUCUCCUCUCUCCAGGCCAACAAAUAAUAUAUUUAUUUUUCGACUUGUGUUGAUUAUUCUAGACAGGCAUGGAAUGGGCUGCAUGUCUAAACAAGGCAAUAGGAACAGUGUCAGUGUGAAGCCCCCAGCGAAGCCCCCAGACACAGCUGGAAACCAUGAAGCCCUGGCGCUGCCUGCUUUUAAGAUUAGGGCUUUAUUAAAUCGUGCACACAUCAAAUAGAACGCAUCAGCAACAAGCUGUGUACUAGAUUGUAAAGUGAAUGGGUCCUCAUUCCCUUCUGCCACUGAAUGUGUUAGCUCAGACCGACCGCAUCCACCUGCUGGCUUUAACCAAUGUGAGUUGUUGUAUGUUCAGGGAUCUAAUCUGCUUGGACUUGGAUUGGAACAAGGAUUGUUAUUUAAGUCUUCUGUUUCAUUUGUUGUGUUGUUCUAUCACAGAGAUGCAUUCUUAGAAAUGUACCUUGUGUAUGUUAUGGUAAUAGACUGUUCUCUGUCCCCUGUAAGUCCAGGGUGUUGUGUUUACAUCAUGUCCUUAAAUCUAGCUGUCUCCCCUAUAGCCUACCUCUGAGGUUCUGGCAUUCCAGGAUGACAUGAUAUUCCCUAACUCUCUCUGUCUCUCCCCUAUAGCCUACCUCUGAGGUUCUGGCAUUCCAGGAUGACAUGAUAUUCCCUAACUCUCUCUGUCUCUCCCCUAUAGCCUACCUCUGAGGUUCUGGCAUUCCAGGAUGACAUGAUAUUCCCUAACUCUCUCUGUCUCUCCCCUAUAGCCUACCUCUGAGGUUCUGGCAUUCCAGGAUGACAUGAUAUUCCCUAACUCUCUCUGUCUCUCCCCUAUAGCCUACCUCUGAGGUUCUGGGUGAACGUGAUCAAGAACCCCCAGUUUGUGUUCGACAUCCACAAGAGCAGCAUCACGGACGCCUGUCUGUCUGUGGUGGCCCAGACCUUCAUGGACUCCUGCUCUACCUCCGAACACCGCCUGGGCAAGGACUCACCCUCCAACAAGCUGCUCUAUGCCAAGGACAUCCCCAGUUACAAGAGCUGGGUGGAGAGGUGAGAGGCCGGUGGGUGGGUUGGUUUGGGGGGGGGGGGGGGGGGUGCUUUGUGUGUGAGGUGGGUGGGUUGGUUUGGGGUGUGUGUGUGUAUCUACAGUAUUUGUCUCUCUCUCUUUGCAAGUUUCUAAAUAGACCUGAGUGUAACAUGAGAGGACAGUUCAAUACGUGGUCCAUAAACAUCCCUGAUAGACUGUAGUCUGCCUCCUGUCUCAUAAGUACACACAGUGGGGCUGUAGUGUUAUCAUCCAGGGGCCAUGGAGGAGACUCCAAAUGAAAACACACUGGGAAUGGAUGGCAGUGCCUCCUAGGGCUGGAGAGGUAGAGGGGAGACAGGCACAGACAGAGAGCCGCAGCGUGUUCCCUGUCCUGCCCAGGUACAAGAAUGUGAGUCUGAAGUUAUGGGAGCACCGCUGUACAGCAGUAGUGGUGGUCAUUUGUCAAAAUUAGAGUUGUAUUCCAUUUAUUUGGUCAGGGGCAGAGUGCUGAAUAAAAGAUGGGGCCUGUGAAGCGGUUCCAAAGUAUUUAUGUGUUAGUGCUCAGCGCUAGCCGCAGGACAGGGACAUAAUGUAUGUGGUGCUUAGAUGACUGGAACCCAACAAGGAGUUUUGGCUAGGGCCAUAUUCAUCAGGCUGAGAUACUGUGUGUGUGUGUGUGACACUGUCUGUGUGUGUGACACUGUAUGUGUGUGUGUGUGUGUGUGUGUGGGUGUGGGUGUGUGUGUGUGCGUGUAAGCAUGUGCUUGUGGUUUGUGGUUUUGAAUUAACGGUGCAUGAUCUAUAUGUUUGUGGGGUGCACUUAUAGUUGUUCCCAGUGAUCUAUAGAUGGGUUAUUUUAUAGUUGUUCCCAGUGAUCUAUAGAUGGGUUAUCUUAUAGUUGUUCCCAGUGAUCUAUAGAUGGGUUAUCUUUCAGAGGAUGGUUGCUUGUGGUUGUUUGCUACUUUAAAUAUGGAUGAGACUGUUUAGCAUAAGAGCGUUAGCGGAGACUGCAUUCACAGUAAACCCUGCAUAUGUCGGCUCAAUCAGAAAUUACCUUUCAAUUUCAAUCGUGUUAUAGCGCUGAACUUCAGCGAUACGAAUUGAAUCAAGCCCUUAGUCUUCAUGAGGCUUGGCAGUAGACGGGACAGAGGUGUGUGGAGGGUAGGGAUGCUUGGUUGGGAUGUGCUGCAAUACAAAGUUUCCAUGGUCCUCCAUAGUAUCAGACGAUCUUGUCAUUAUCUCAAUUGUUCCAGGUGGUGCUCAUUAUUUGGAGAGGAAAUGACGAAUUCAAAUAGCUGAAAUACUCAGUCAACCUCAGGUUAAAAACACACAGGGUAUACAGAAUGUGAUUCUACAUCACAGGAGGCUGAUGAGGGGAGGACGGCUCAUAAUAAUGUCCGGAACAGAGCAAAGGGAAUGGCAUCAAACACCUGGGAACCAUUGGAACCAUGUGUGUGAUGUAUUUGAUACCGUUCCUCUGAUACCGCUCCAGUCAUUACAACGAUCCCAUUCUCCCCAAGUAAGGUGCCACCAACUUCCUGUGUUCCACAUGUGGACUUUCUCAGAACCAAACCGCAAUUGUCAAGACAGCGGUUACUUUCCUAGGAAUCAUGGGUAGCGUAGUUCUCUGUAAAGAUAAAUUACUACUAUUUAGCUAAAAGCAGCACUGCCAAUCUAGAAGUUGUUAAGCUUCAUUUCAAUGUGUUCCUGUUAGCAUUACUGUUAGCGUUCCCUGCUCUUUGCUGGGGCGCUUGAGUUGAUUACCGAUAAGGGCCGUUUCACAGGCUGAGUCUGACCUGCUGCUAGUGAGUAAACUGUUGACGUGUCAUGUGGAAAUUAGGAGCGGGAGAUGCUGACGGGGUUUGGCAGCCGUGGGAGAUCGGGAGAGUGAUAAGAUUCUAAUCAGAGACUUCCUAUCCACACUGAGGCUAUAAAGAUGGUCCUAUUAUCUGUGGACCAAUUGGCAUUUAUUUCUGAAGCAUAGAAAUCUGUGAAGGAAGUAUUCAUGUCUAAGGUCAGGAGUCUUUCCAGAAAAUCUAAUUAGCUUAGUCCAUCCAUAUGAUUCUGAGAUCUAAUGUGUCUAUAGGUGAGGUUUAGUUGAUCCAUCCAUAUUGUUGUGAGAUCUAAUUUAGUGUCAUUGUGGUAUGAUUUGUCCUUCCACGUCAUUGAGAUCUAUUUUAAUUAACAAAUUAGAUCUCAAACUAAUAUGUAUAAACCCUGCACAGCUUACAUCUCACAAUCAGGAUAGCCACAUUAGAUCUCACAGUCAUGUUGAUAGGCAAAUUAGAUCUCAGUCAUGUAGAUGGGCUUUUUCUCUUUCCACAUGCCUGUAAGAUCUAAGCAGCGCAGUAUUCAUUCACAUUAUUGUGAGAUCUAAUUUGUUAGAGCUAAGCCUACCUGAAGGUUGUGAUGUGCAUUGAGACCAUCAGCAUAUUCACACAAUUUAAUUUGCCCAUCUAUAUACAAUUGACCCUUCGCUAAGCCCUGUCCCAGAAUUUUGGGCAACCAAUCGCAGCUCUCGAAUGGAUAGCAACUGUCAUCGAGUCCAACACCUCAGACAAGCUCAAGUCUCUCUUCACUCUCUCGUCCUUCUCUCGUCCUUCCUUCUCUCUCUCCACUGUCUCUUCCUUCUCUCUCUCCACUGUCUCUUCCUUCUCUCUCUCCACUGUCUUCUCUUUCUCUCUCUCCACUGUCUUCUCUUUCUCUCUCUCCACUGUCUUCUCUCUCUCUCUGUCUCUCUCUCUCUACACUCCCUUCUCUCUCUCUCUACACUCCCUUCCCUCUCUCCACACUCCCUUCCCUCUCUCCACACUCUCUUCCUUCUCUCUCCCCCUCUUUCUCCCCACACUCUCUCUCAUCCUCAUCUCUCUUCCUUCCCCAUCUUCAACCCCCCCCCCACCCACCCCCCCACUCUGUCACACACACAUCCACAGGUCUUCAACUCUGCUUCCAAUCCAGCCCGACACAGACACUUCAGUCACACCGUGAAAAACACUUCAAAGAGACAGACUGCAGAGUUUAACUAAAGAAAUAAGGGGGAAAAGAGAGGAGGCGGAGUGAGAGGAAUACUCAGGCAGAAGAGACAUGUCUUCCUUUGAUUUCUCCUCCGUUCUACAUCUUCAUAAGCGCUGUGUAGGUUAGCGGUUAUUGUAUAGCCGUACCUGGGAGGGGGUAGGAGCACCAUAAUGGAAGCCUAUAGCUUGGUCAUGGUACGUUGGGGGAUCGGGCGGUUUGCCUCUGGCCCUGUGGUGGAGCUCUACCCCUCUGGGAAGAUGCUACCUUAACAUGUUAUUACUGUAUGACAUCCACAGAAAGCAAUCUGAAAUGAUUUAACACAAGGAAGAAAUCCCGUGGGUCUCGGCCGGUACAUGAGUUCCUACAACUGUAUCUUACUAACUCAGCACUUUUAUGAAAGCUGACAUCUUACAGGAUUUAAGUUGUGUUGGGGUUUUGUUGAUUUAUGUCGCAUUGGCACAAUAUGACGGUUGGAGUGGUUUGCAAGGGUUGGACAUACAUGUUCCCCCCAGAGCCUCCUACUACACACAGAGAGCCCCAGAGCCUCCCACUACACACAGAGAGCCCCAGAGCCUCCUACUACACACAGAGAGCCCCAGAGCCUCCUACUACACACAGAGAGCCCCAGAGCCUCCCACUACACACAGAGAGCCCCAGAGCCUCCCACUACACACAGAGAGCCCCAGAGCCUCCUACUACACACAGAGAGCCCCAGAGCCUCCCACUACACACAAACUGUUGUUAUUCAUUCCAUCCAGUUGGAGUGGUAUUUGAGGUGGGAUUUAAUUGGCCCCAGACAAUGACAAGUUCAUCAGACCCGUCAUAUGCAGUUCAUUUGAUCGUCCGCUCUCAUAGAAGAUUACAAUGGGAAAUCAAAGUGAAAACCCCUCUUUCAAAAAGGAGUGUAUCAGGGGAAAUUGCAUACUUACAUUCACAGCUCUCUGGGGGGUCUUGAUAGACCUCUGAACAGAAGGAGGCUGUUAACUGGAUUUUGCAUCUGUCUGCAAAACAAAAGUACACUUGUUACCAUCGUGAUUCUACCAUUCAUUGGAUGUCAAAACCAAGCAUAGCAGGACCCAACAUCCCUAGCCUGACAACAAAUACCAAAUACCAAAUGUCAAAUUCGACCGUCUAGCCAAGGGGUAGGCAACUAGAUUUAGCUGCAGGACGAUUUUUGUCGGAGCGGAUGGUCGGGGGACGGGAACAUAAUUAUAAUAAUUUGUACACUGCAAAUUGACCACAACUAAGCUGAAAAAUAAAUUAUAUUGGAAAAUAACAAUAAUUUCAUGCCUUGAUUAAAUUGAGACACGAUCACAUACGUCUCUUUUUUUUAUUUGUGGGAAUACUUGGGAACAGAUUUCCUAAAUUAAAAUAUUUUUUUGCUGAAUUCCAAAACGAAAAUCUCUUGCGAGCCGGCAAAAUAAAUCACUUGUGGGCCAGUUUUGGCCCGUGGGUCGCCGGCCCCUGCUUUAGCCCCUACCGUAUGGUAGGUGUGAUUUCCAGUAUGUUUAGAUCAAGUGUCUAAGAAAGGAGAUGAUUUGGAAUUGGGCCCGACGUCGUCAACUUGAACUGGAGUUCUCAGGUGGACCUGCUGUUUUGCCUGGAGACAGAAAUACCUCCCAUUUCCUUUACCCUCACAAACCCCACGACUCACUUCCUCCAAUUGCCCUCCUGCCCUGCGCAGGUGGCCGAGGUGUGUGUGUGUGGGUGUGACCUUCCUGUGAUCUUCCUUACUUUAAGAACCGCAUGUCCCACCUCCCAUAACUACCUGUCUAGCUUAAGGUUAGCCUCGGAUUUCUUUUCUCCCAGCACCACCACAGUAUCGGCUAAUUUGGGGUCCAGGAGAUGUUGGAGAAUUAGCCCGAGUAGAUCACUUUGAAAGGAGUUAGGGUGGCCUAGCUGUGUUGACCUGGACGAUUACUCUCUCCUCAGUCCUUUACCCGAUGCACUAGACUUCCAGAUACCACUCUCUGUGUGAGGUGUGCGAGGGUAGGGGGGAUGGUGUAGUGUAGGGAGUGGAAGAGGAGUAGUCGAUAGAGAGGAGAGACUAAACCUGAGCAAGAGAGAGAGAUGCGAUCGACUGCAGGCGCUCAUAAACGGGACUCUAUGCUUUGAUGCUUUCAACAUCCGAGUCUCUGCAGUAGCUCUUGCAGCUCCAGUCUUAUGAGCCAUUUGUAUGAGGGCGGCAGGUAGCCUAAGGGUUGAGAGCAAAAGGUUUGGUGUGUUCCAAUGCUCUUUGUUUAGCGGUUCAGACAGACAACACUCCGCCUGGUUCCGUUGUGUUGUUCUAUAAUGGGAGUGCUUAGUUGCAGGACUCACAUUCAUGCACACACACAAUGUACAAAAAUGUAAAUGUCUAUUGAGAGUCAGGGCAGGGGGUUCCGCUAAAUGUUUUCUCAGGGCUGCUUAGACUGUGAAAAGUGAUUGGAGGCAAGACAACUGUCUCUAACGGUGCAUGAUUCCUAUUCUAAAGGCUUAAACGUCACUCAGUCUUGAAACAACACUGAAAGACCACCGUGAAAUUUAAAGACCAAGAAUAAAUCAUUUUGGGGUGUAUGUAAAUGUAGUUAUUGUAGAGUUCACUAAUACAGUCUGCUAUGUGUGUUAACGCCACAGGUACUACUCAGACAUCAGUAAGAUGCCGGCCAUCAGUGACCAGGACAUGAAUGCGUACCUGGCAGAGCAGUCCCGGAUGCACAUUAACGAGUUCAACAGCAUGAGCUCCCUCAGUGAGAUCUACUCCUACGUGGGCAAAUACACAGAGGAGGUACGGCAACACACUGUGGACAAAAAUCACACGUUACUCAAGACAGGAAGCAGUGUGCCGUUUGGCACACAAACAGUCUUUCACAGUUGGGUUUGAACUAGACAUGUAUUGUAGAUGACUUGUAGGUUCAAAUGAUCUGGAUGAUGUAUAUAAAAUACAUUUACAAGCAACCCAGACGCCGUAUAUCAGCGUUUUUCAAACCUCUCCUGGAGGACUCCCAACCAUGUCUUUGUUCUAAUCCAGAGAUAGCACACUUGUCAACUUAUAUCAUCAAGCCAUUCUGUCAUUGAAUCAGAUGUGCUAGUUCAGGUCUUCAACUAAAUUGUGAGAUGUCUAGUGGUCCCAGAGUAAAGGUUUGAGAAACACUGUCAUACAGAAACAACAUUUCUUGUAUGUGCCAUUACUCCGCCAUUGUUAGCUGGUGUGUGAGGCUGGGCAUUUAGUAAGUGGCUGACAUUAACACGUGGACUGGCUGUGUGUGUCUCCCUCUGACAGAUUGUGUGUGCGCUGGAGCAGGACGACGCCGCCAGGAAACAGAGACUUUCCUUCAAGCUGGAGCAGGUGGUGGCCUUCAUGAGCCUGGAGAGC